AAUUAUCACAAAUCUGAGAGAAAAAGCGCUCUCUUUCUCUCUCUCCUCACUCUCUCUCGGGGGCUGGUUUCUUCUCGGAGUACAAUGCUUCUCUUCUGCAGGAGACAAGCUUCGUAGCAUUUUGUUCAAACAGAGGUGAUGUGAUGAUUCAAGUAAAAUAAGCAGUUCUUCUGUUAAUUCGUAGUUUUUUUUUUUCCAUGGAAGGACUAUUCUUCUCAACGUUCAGAUUUCUCGUUCUCCUGUUAAGCCUCUUGUGCCUAAAUUCAACUGUCUGGAGUGCAACAGACCCCAACGAUUUUGCUAUCCUUCAAGAAUUUAUCAAAGGAUUGGAGAAUCCCGAAGUUCUUAAGUGGCCUUCGACAAGCAGUGAUCCUUGUGGUGAUUCUUGGCCUUAUAUCUUCUGUCAAGGUUCUCGCGUAACUCAAAUCCAAACCAAAAACCUACAGUUGCGCGGUACUCUCCCUCAAGACUUCAACAAACUCACUGAGCUCAUAAAUGUUGGCAUCCAAAACAACGAGCUCUCUGGAAGUCUACCAUCAUUUGCUCAGUUGUCUAAACUUGAGAAAGCCUACUUGGGUAAUAACAAGUUUGACUUGAUCCCCUCUGAUUUCUUCAAUGGCCUUACAAGUUUACAAGUCAUUGCCUUGGAGAAAAAUCCUUUGAAUCAGAGCAGCGGUUGGGAAUUGCCUUUGGAUCUAAAGGAUUCUGUGCAAUUGACUAAUUUAUCCCUAACUGGUUGUAAUCUCGUUGGCCCGCUGCCAGAGUUCUUGGGGAACAUGAGCUCUUUAACGGUUCUUGAUAUGUCUUAUAAUAACCUCUCAGGCGCGAUCCCAGCAAGCUAUUCUGGAAUGCAACUGCAGAUCUUGAAGCUUAACAAUCAGUUAGGGGAUGGAUUGAAUGGCUCAAUCGAUGUCAUUGCUUCUAUGACACAGUUAGCAAUCCUUUGGCUUCAUGGAAAUUCUUUCACUGGCCCAAUUCCUAGUGCUAUCGGGGCUUGCACUUCACUGAAACAAGUUUGGCUCAACAAGAAUCAGCUUGUAGGCCUUAUUCCUGAUAAUUUGACUGCCUUACCGGAGCUUGAAGUAUUGAAUUUGCAGAACAACAACUUAAUGGGUCCAAUACCGAAAGUAGCCUUCAACUUCUCAUAUUUUCCCAAUUCAUUUUGUCAGUCCACACCUGGGGAGCCUUGCUCACCCCAAGUUACCGCCCUUUUGAAUUUCCUUGGCGAUGUGAACUAUCCAUUGAAACUUGCAACUUCAUGGUCUGGCAAUGAUCCUUGUGAUUCAUGGUUCGGGGUUUCCUGCUCUAGUGACAACAAUGUGUCACGUAUUAAUCUCCCAAAUCUUGGAUUAAAUGGCACAAUUAGCUCUUCGCUGGGAAAAUUACACUCUCUCGUUGAGAUAAUGCUUGGCGGCAACAAUUUAAAUGGCACAAUUCCUGAUGAUUUCACAAACUUGUCAUCAUUGAAGUUGUUGAAUCUCUCUGAUAACAAUAUUGAACCUCCUCUCCCAACAUUCAGUAGUAAUGUGAAGCUACUUGUCGAUGGAAAUCCACGAUUGAACGCUGCCUCUCCUCCAGGGAGUUCACCUGAUAAAUCACCAAAUGGUGAUGGAUCAAAUUCAAGUAACGGAUCUAAAGAAUCAAGAAAAUCCAAACUCCUAAUAAUUAUUUUAUUGAUUGUAGGUAGUGUAUUGCUCGUUUUAGUUACGGGUCUACUUGUAUAUUGCUGCCGAAAGGUUAAAAAGGGAAAUUUUAUGGCACCAUCCUCUAUCGUCAUCCACCCUGGAGAUUCCCCAGAUCUCGAGGAUGCAUCUAAAGUUGUUAUUGCAAAUAAUGUCAGUAACGAUGUUCCUUCAAGUGAUCUCUUGGCAAGUACAAGUGGUGGUACAAGCGACACACAUGUCAUUGAAUCUGGAAAUUUGGUAGUAUCUGUCCAAAUUCUCCGUAAUGUGACAAAGAAUUUCUCUGCAGAGCAAGUGCUCGGCCGUGGUGGUUUUGGUGUUGUUUACAAAGGAGAGCUUCAUGAUGGUACUCAAAUUGCAGUCAAGAGAAUGGAGUCUGGAGUGUUGACUAGCAAAGCAUUUGAUGAGUUUCAGGCUGAAAUUGCAGUACUAUCAAAGGUCAGACAUCGUAAUUUGGUAUCACUUUUGGGGUUCUCUGCUGAAGGAAAUGAAAAACUUUUGGUUUAUGAGUUUAUGCCGAAGGGGGCACUAAGUAAACAUCUUUUCCACUGGAAAGAACUGAACAUAGAACCUCUAUCUUGGAAGAGAAGGCUUAAUAUUGCACUGGAUGUUGCUCGUGCUAUGGAAUAUCUCCAUAGUUUGGCUCAUCAAUCGUUUAUUCACCGAGAUCUCAAAUCCUCGAAUAUACUGCUUGAUGAUGAUUAUCGAGCAAAAGUUUCUGAUUUUGGACUUGUUAAACUUGCUCCCGAUGGGGAGUACUCUGUUGCUACUAGACUUGCUGGGACUUUUGGUUAUCUUGCUCCUGAAUAUGCUGUGACAGGGAAGGUUACAACAAAGGUUGAUGUGUUCAGUUUCGGAGUUGUUCUAAUAGAACUAUUGACUGGGAUGACCGCACUUGAUGAGGACCGACCAGAAGAAACCCGUCAUCUAGCCUCUUGGUUUUAUAAUGUUAAGUUCGACAAAGAGAUGCUCAGGGAUGCAGUCGACAGAUCACUUGAUAUAUCAGAAGAAACCUUCGAGGAAAUUUGCACCGUUGCAGAGCUUGCUGGCCAUUGCACUGCAAGGGAGCCCCACCAAAGGCCAGAGAUGGGCCAUGCAGUCAAUGUGCUUGCUCCUCUUGUUGAGAAAUGGAGGCCCGUGAAGGACGACCUCGAUGAAUCGUUGGGCAUUGAUUUAGGUCAACCCCUGCUUCAAAUGGUGAAAGGGUGGCAAGCUGCUGAUGGAACGAGUACAAGUUCUUUUAAUCUAGAUGAU